AUGGCUGAGAAGAUAUUUGAUUACAAGAUCAAGUAUGGAAAAGCAUGGCGGGCAAAGCAACGGGCCUGGAAGAUGAUAUAUAGGUACCGGAAGGUGGGUUAUGAAAAUGUACCUGCACUGUUUAAUGCAAUGAAAGCAGCUAAUCUAGGCAUGCACUAUGAGUACAUUCCAAAACCGAAUGAAUGGAAGGAUGGGAGGCAGAUUUUCUUCCUUGCUUUCUGGUGCUUUCCACAGUUUGUGGAGGCCUUCAGGCAUUAUCGUCCGGUGUUUUCCAUUGGUUGUACUUUUCUGAUUGGCAAGUACGAGGGCAUGCUAUUGAUAGCCAUUGCAGUUGAUGCUGACAACGCAUUGAUUCCUUUGGCCUUUACUUUGGUGGAGAGGGAGAACAAAGCCAGCUGGGGAUGGUUCUUGUGGCUAGUUCGGAUACAUGCUGUAGGCCCUGGUAGGGAGGUUGGUGUCAUAUCUGAUAGACACCAGAGUAUACUCAGUGCGGUACAGGAGCAGAUUUCAGGAUAUGCACCAUUGCACCACCGUUGGUGCACUCGGCAUAUGGCCCAAAAUUUACGAGAUACAGAUGGGAACAAGGAUAAUUUUGCUCUAUUCGAGGAUGUUGCUCGUCAGCUUGAGGAGCAGUUCUUUCAAGAAAAGUUGGAGGAGCUAAAAACAGCAACAAACGUUGCAGGUAGGCGUUGGCUAAGAGGAGUUAUGAGGGAGCCUGAGAAAUGGUCAAGGGCGUACGAUGAUGGUGGCCAUAGGUACGAGUUUCAGACUAACAACUUGGCCAAGUCAUUCAACAGUGUGCUUAAGGGGAUAUGGGCCAUGCACAUCAAUGCUAUCGUAUCAUUCACCUUCUACAGCUUGUUGCAUGGUUCAAUGACAGAUACUCACAAGCAAUGGCACUACAAAGCAGGAACUAGAUAUGGGCCCCUAUGCAUCAUCUUGCUAAGGCAGAGGAUAGGGCUCGCACACAUGAGGUUGAAUGUUUUAACCACACGAUAG